CGGUCUUACGACGAGUCAACGAGCGACGCUCAAGGAAGGGGGGUGGGGGAAGGAAGGAAGGAGGUGUCGUCGCAAGGCUGAUUGACUGACGGGCUGACUGGGUUGGCUGCGGCGGCGGCCACGUAGCGCUGCGGCGGCGGCUGAGGGGAGGGCGCGAGCGCCAGCGAGAUCCGCGGCCAGGGAGCGCGAGAGAGGGGCAUCUGCUGGGGCUGAAGGGCCUAGGCCUGGUCGUGAGGGCGGCCGAGGGGGGCUCGCGCGAGGGGAGGGCAGGAAGGAAGGAGGGGCCCCGGCCGCCCCCCGCCUUCCCCCCUCCCCUCCCCAGGCAUGGACCGCGGUGGGGGUGAAGGAGGAGGCGGCGGCGGCGCUGGUAGUGGAGGAGGCGGCGGCGGAGGAGGAGGCGGCAACGGCAGCGACAGUGGAGUGGGAACGGCGGCACUGGAGGGUCCUGGCCAGGACAAAGUGUUCAGCUGUUGGUUGGCAGCUUUCUUCCAGUGAACUGCUGCUGACACCUUCGUGCUGUAAAACCAGAGUUCCAUGACCUACACGUGCUUUGGUGCUCUGCUCCCCAAAAGCAGUUGUGUAUUAGUUUUUUCCGAUGCUUCAUCUUGUUCCAGAGGAGUUACUUUGGUUUUCUGGAAUACAAGGUGCUCAAUGAAUCGGGAGCCCCCAUGAAUGAAACAACCAGUUCUUGCCAGCAGAUGGCUAAAAACUGCACCUCGCAUGUAACGGGGAUGGCACAAGAGGACAGCCACCGGGCUCAGGUGCCACCCCCUUUCUAUCAUGAAGGCAGUCAGGAACUUGAUUUGUCCACCAAAGUGUACAAAAGGGAGUCUGGGAGCCCUUAUUCUGUGUUGGUGGACCCAAAAACAAGUAAGCCACAUCUCCACGAAAGAGAGGAGCAGCCAUAUUUCAGGGAAGACAGAACAGUAGGAGAGGCCCGAGCCGUGAAAGAAGACAGGGAGAACUCUGACGACUUGCAGGAGGAGGAGGAGGAAGAUGAAGUGACUUACAAAAGGGAGCAGAUAAUAGUCGAGGUAAACCUUAACAACCAAACCUUAAAUGUAUCAAAAGGGGAGAAAGGGGUCACCUCCCAAUCCAAAGAAACUGCUGUUCUUAAGACCAGCAGUGAGGAAGAGGAGGGUGACAGUGGGGAGGAAGAGGCCACUGAAGACAGUAAUGAUUAUGAGGAAAAUGAGAGGCAGAAGAAAAAAGAGCAAAGAGAGGCGAAAGAUAGUGUUGCACAAAGGAGGACGCGGAGAGCUGCAUCUGCUGCAGCCACCACAACUUCCCCUACUUCCAGAACUACACGGGGGCGUAGAAAGAGCGUUGAACCCCCCAAGCGUAAGAAGAAAGCUGCAAAGGAGCCCAAGGCACCUGUGCAGAAAUCAAAGUGUGAAGAAAAGGAGACUUUGACCUGUGAGAAGUGCCCCAGGGUGUUUAACACACGCUGGUAUCUGGAGAAGCAUAUGAACGUCACUCACAGGCGCAUGCAGAUCUGCGACAAGUGUGGAAAGAAAUUUGUUCUAGAAAGUGAGCUCUCCCUUCACCAGCAAACAGACUGUGAAAAAAACAUCCAGUGCGUUUCCUGUAAUAAAUCAUUCAAGAAGCUGUGGUCCCUUCAUGAGCAUAUCAAGAUUGUCCAUGGAUACGCAGAGAAAAAAUUCUCCUGUGAGAUAUGCGAAAAGAAGUUCUACACCAUGGCUCAUGUGCGCAAGCACAUGGUUGCACAUACCAAGGACAUGCCAUUCACAUGUGAAACCUGUGGAAAAUCCUUCAAACGCAGCAUGUCACUCAAGGUUCAUUCCCUGCAGCAUUCUGGAGAGAAGCCUUUCCGAUGUGAGAACUGUGACGAAAGGUUUCAGUACAAGUACCAGCUUCGUUCCCACAUGAGCAUCCACAUUGGGCAUAAACAGUUCAUGUGCCAGUGGUGUGGUAAAGACUUCAACAUGAAACAAUACUUCGAUGAGCACAUGAAAACCCACACUGGAGAGAAGCCCUUUAUCUGUGAAAUCUGUGGCAAAAGCUUCACCAGUCGGCCCAACAUGAAGAGACACCGCAGAACACACACAGGGGAGAAGCCGUAUCCAUGCGACGUGUGUGGCCAGCGAUUCCGCUUUUCCAACAUGCUUAAGGCACAUAAGGAGAAAUGCUUCCGUGUUACCAGUCCAGUCAACGUGCCGCCUGCUGCCCAGAUCCCACUUGCCACGACCUCUCCUGCUAACACUGUACCUUCUGUUGUGAACACGCCCAAUGCCCCGCCUCCUACUCCACCAAUUAAUAUGAACCCAGUGAGCACACUUCCCCCCCGCCCCGUCGGCCACCCGUAUUCUCACCUGCACCUUCAUCCACACCAUCCACAUCACUUACCAGUCCCCCCUGUCCCUCAUUUACCCCCACCUCCAGCUCUGUUUAAGAGUGAGCCUUUAAAUCACAGGGGCCAAGGUGAAGACAGUUUUCUGCGGCACCUAGCAGAAAAAAACAGCUCCGUACAGCAUCACUAACUGCCUGUCUUCAGCCUGCCAUUCUUUUGGUCUUUUUUACCUGGAAGUGUGCCCCCCCUGUGAAAUCUUGUGGUGUCACCCAUAGCACCAAGUGAAGGAUCUUUGCAGUGAUCUUGGCUGUUCAGCAAAGUGGUCAUCAGAUGCAGGGGAACCCAGGAGGACAGAAGCCCAACUUGGCUUGCCCAUUUUACUGUUGACUUUUAUAGGUUCACAAUGACUAAGACUUGUGGAAUUUUUUUACAAUUUCAUAUCAGCUGAUGAGGUAUGCUUGCUUUUAUAUCCUGGACUUUCUCCUCAAAGAGGGGAUGGGCCUGGUUUCCUUUGUAAUAAUCGGAAAGACUGUGAGACUAAAUCCCAGAGCAUUAAUGAUCACUGUGUACUGUUAAUUUCUUUUUAGCUUUUUUUUUUGGUGUGCGUGUGCGCAUAUGCGUGCGCGCUGGUUAAGUGAGCCAGCCACAUGAUCGCAAAAUAUCAAGCAUUAUAGCAAAAAAAAGACAGUAAACAAAUCUUAAUCUCAUUUGAGUAGUUCUCCUAACACACUCUUUAUUUUAAUACGGAAAAAUUAUUUUAGAGUUUUUGUAUAGACCUAUUUAGUAGCCUGUUUCUAAAAUGAAAUGUAUUUCGAAUAAGCGGUGUAAUUUUUUUCAGUGUAGCUGGACCUAUGUUGUUAUAAUAGAUAAUUUUUAUAAUCAUUCAAAUGUGAUUUCUUUAAAAAAAAGAUGCAGAUAGCUUCUAUAGUAAAAAUUAUUCUUACAUCUGUACUACUCUAAAAAGGUGCUGAAGAGGGAGGGAAAGAAAUCUAAGAAGUCUGUGGGAAGGCUGACUCGAAAGUGGAGAUGGUUUUAGAACUUUAUAUAACUUAUUUGUAGGGUUUUUUUCAUAGCCUUGCAUUAUCUUCUUUCGGUGUCUCUUGGGGUUGCAAGACAAUUACAUUAAACUACUGUGUACCCACAAACGUUUUUCACUCAGCUCUGCUAAAGUGUGAAAUGUUUCAGAAAGGUAGACUCUCUCAUGGGGCAAAAUUGAGGUAUGAAGCUGCGCAAGAGGUGGGGGGAGACUCAGUCAUGUGGGGAGUAGUCGAUCGUUUCUUGGACAUACAUUAGAACCUAGUUCAUUAUGUAAAUGUGUGUUUAAGGUAUGACUUCUGAUUUAGGGAACAUUUGAUGCUGCUUGGGGGGGGGGUUCCCCUCAGAGAUUCUUGAGUUUACUAGGAGAUAAGUGGGGAAUCACAAAUAAAGUGCUGUGUGGCUGGAUUUGUGUAAAAUAAACCUGGAUUGGUGAAUCCAGUGAGAACGUGGUUGUCAAGUUAGUCAAAAAAAGUUUACCAAUAUGUGCACAUGAUAAAGCAGUGUCCUGUACAAAGAACAGAUGCAUACAAUAUAGGAUGAUUUCUUACAUGUUUUUGACUUCAGAUUUCACAGGUAAAUGGAAAGGAAAUGUAUGAAUGUUAAGAGAGUUGCUAGUUGCAUUUUUUUUUCAGUCUCCAGCAGCACUGAAUUGUGGCGAAUAGUUUGAAAGCAAAGAAUCGUGGUUCUUACUCAGUUAAUUGAAGCUGAAAUGUGGCACCAUGUAAGCAGCUGAAAUAGCUUAUUGGCACCUUGGAGGAGAAGGCACAGAAACACCCAUCACUAAUAGAGCCUAGAUUUCCCUAUAGCCAUUUGCCCAAAGCUCAGCUCCAUCAUCCCAAGACCAUGUUAUGCUCAUCCUCAGUGUGCCAUUUACUUUCUAAAAAUUAGGCUUCAGAUCUAAUUAUGUGGAGGAUAUUGCAGAAGGUCAGCUCCCAGCAUUGUACCCUGAUAACGUGUUUCUGCCAUCUAAUAACUUUGAUUAUGCAUUUUUAAAAUAUAGGAUUAAGGUUUUUUGAUACUUGUUCUCAUAUUUGAAUGACAAUUUCUUAAACCCUUCCUUUUUCUGACAGACAAGUCUUUUAAAGAUAUUGUGAUAACAUUUAUCUGUUCCUUCUCUUUUGUAGGUAGUAAAGCUAGCUAUAAAAGUGAAACAUUAAUACUUAACAGUUUGCCAUCUUCUAUUGCCCGGGAUGGUUCUGUACAUUCCAUGUCAUGUUUGCAAUCCCACAGUUCUGUGUAGAUAUCUAUGCCACAAGCCAACAGCCAGGCCUGUUAAAUCUACUUUUAUAAAUUUAAAGGAAAAAUAACCCACCUUGGUAAAUCAGUUGUAAGCCAAUUUUGCAACAAUGGUUUUCUCAAUAAAUUUACAGUAUUUGGCUGCUAUUUAUGAAUUGUA